AAAGCAGCAGGCGCCUGUGCCUGCUCCGCCUCAUGCGCAGCGCCUGCCAGAGUCUGUCCUGCCCCCUCCCCACCACCUCACCACCACCAUGACACGGGACAUCCAGGCCCCUUUCUUCUUCCUGCUGCUAUUCCCAGUGCUUACAGCUGCUAGCAGUACUACGCCGACAGCAGUUUUUACAACCUCUGACUAUACAAGUGGAAAUAUACAGGCUUCGAGUAGUCAAAGCAGCCCAGCGUCCAGCGUCACUGACAGCAGUGCUGUGAACACAACCAGCAGCUUAGCCUUCACCCACAGCCCUGCCCAAGGCUCGGUCACCACUCCAUUCUACAAUGACAGCUCAUCCCUGACCACCAAUGACACCUCAUCUCCAACUCCCAGCCCUGCCUCAAGCUCAGUUGUCACUCCAGGUGCACAUGAGAGCACCUCUUCCAAGGCUAUCGUGACCCCAGACGACAUCGUGACCCCAUCCUCAGCUCCCAGCAACCACUCUGAUAUUCCCACCACUCCUACCAGUCACAUUAUGGAAACAAUUACUAGCAGCACUAACCAUAGCAUAGUAUCUCCCACCUCCAUUGCUACAACUUCUCAGCAGUUGACUGGUAGUGUCUUCCUGUACUUCCUGUCUUUUCACAUUAUAAACCACCAGUUUGAUUUUUCCCUGGAAAAUUCCAGCACCCCAUACUACCAGGCACUGCAGAGAAACAUUUCUGAAUGGUUUUCGCAGCUUUUUGAUGGGAAUUUCCUGGGCUUCUCAUAUGUCAAGUUCAGCCCAGGAUCUGUGGUGGUAGAAUUAAUUCUCGUCCUCCGAGAAGAUAUCAUUGAUGCCAACUACCUGAACACAGAGUAUCCUUGGAUUAUAGCACAAGCAACCAAAUAUAACCUGACCAUCUCAAGACUCAGCGUGACUGAUGUGUCACUUCCUUCCUCUGCCCAGUCUGGGUCUGGGGUACCUGGCUGGGGCAUUGCCCUGCUGGUGCUGGUCUGUAUUCUGGUCGCGCUGGCCAUCAUCUAUGUCAUUGCCAUGACUGUGUGUCAUUGGCAACGAAAGAACUAUGGGCAGCUGGACGUCUUUUCAACUGGCGAUGCCUACCAUCCUAUGAGCGAGUAUCCCACCUACCACACCCAUGGGCGCUAUGUGCCCCCUGGCAAUGCCAAACGGAGCCCCUAUGAGGAGGUUUCUGCGGGCAACGGUGGUAGCAACCUCUCUUACACAAACCUGGCAGCCACUUCCCCCAACUUGUAGGGGCACAUUGCCUGCUGAGUCCUGCCAGUGCCAGCUGCCUCUCUGAGGUUGGUUCUUCGCCGCUGGAGUCCCCUGCCCCCAACUCUGAUCUAGGCUGGUGAGCUAGGAGUUCAGAUGGGCUGCCCACAGUCUCCCUCACAGGCCCCGUCGAGUCCCCUAAACCAUCUUAGCCCUGGCGAAGCCUGUUUGGAGUCCCUGGGGACGUGCCUGAGGCAGUGGCUCCCAGGAAGGCUGGCCUGGAAAGCGCCGAGAUCGGAGUGGGAACCUGAACAUGGCUGAAUAAAACACAGGCCUCCUCUGCACUGA